GAUUUUUACCCUUCAGCGUUGCUAGUUGUAUGGAAAAUUCGCUAAAGUACAUUGUCACUCUGACAGUGUAUCGUGACAAUGUACCGCACGAUGCAAAAUGUGUCCUUGAAAAUUUGUCGAAGUACUCCGUAUUAUAAUUUGUAUUUGGUGGGACUAUCAAACUAGAGUGCCUAUAACCAGAGUGACGACAUCUCAUUCGUAAUGCUGGCAACAAUUAAAAAUAUUCCAUUAGCUUUACAUUGAAUUGACAGGUCGUUUGCUCGUUUGGAACUGGUAGCUGUCAUUCCAAACGAACAGCUGUCGCCACUCUGAUUAUAGUCACUCUAUAUCGAACAAGCGCCCUAUCUCGCCACCAGUAUUAAUUCUACAUCUUGGUUUCGAAUAAUAACAAAAUAUAGUUUGUGCAGGAUGGGAAAAUUAAAAUGUUAGCUCGAAAAAUAUUUUUAUUUUUGACGAUUAAUUUUAGUAUAAAAAGCAAACAUGAAUUUGCAAGCGUGCAAAAUUUGUAUAUCUUCAGAAGCUCUUCUUUAUUUAGACAUAUUUGGUGAAGUAAAUUCGAAAAAGAAUAUAUCAGCAAUUAUUUCCAAGCAUAUGUGGUUUGAUUUUAAGCCUUCAGAUGAAAAUCAAUUAAUCUGUAAUGAGUGUUGGAAUUGUCUUUAUGAAUUUAACACCUUUUAUGAGUCGAUUGAGAAGGUGCAUCAGACUGAUACAGAGGCUUUUAAGUCUGAUUUAGUUCAUGAUCCCUUCGAUGACAAUAAUUUUAAUAGCGAACAUGAUUUCGAGACGAAUACUCCAUUAGAUUGUUCUGAACUAAAGAGAUCAGAGUCUAACGAGUGUAUGAAUAAUGAUGAAAAUAAUAUAUCCUUUGAUUUCAUAUCAAACAGCGAUAAAAAGACCUUUGGAGCUCGAAAAACUGUGACUGAAGAAAAUGACACUGCAUGUUUGAAAAAAGAGAAAAAAAAUACAUUGGCUGUAGCUGGACUAACAAAACGACCAAGACGAAGUAAUACUCGAGCGGUGUACAAGGUUGAUUCCUCAACUGAAGAUGAAGAAUUUAAGCAAAUUGAAGAGUUCCCGAAACAGCAAAAUCACAGCGAAAGUGAUGAUGAAUCCAUUCUUAGGUCAACGAGGGCGAAACGGAAAAGGGAUCAAAAAUUAUUUAAGCAUAUUGAUGAAUUUGUAUGUUAUAUCUGUCCAGAAAGGAUUGAGUUUGAUCGGUUUUAUCAUGCAACACUCCAUUACAAGAAGAUUCACAAAGAACCUGCAUAUGUAAAAUGUAAGGUGUGUGAUAAACGAUGCUAUUCUCCUGGAAGUUUGAUCAGUCACAUAGAAGUGCAUAAUAAUCCCGAUGUAUACAAAUGUACUAUAUGCGGUAAACAUAAUGAUGAACAAGUGGCUCUGGCCAAACAUAUGAGAAUACAUCGCCCUGAGCUAGCGGAAAAAUUGCCUUUUCAAUGUGGACAAUGUCUUCGUAGAUUUCCUACAGAGAAAAAACGAGAAAGACACGAAAAAAAUCAUAAUCGUAAACCAAUGGACAAACCUAUAAGAAUUGUGGGACGAGAUGAAGAACUGUUGGAAUUUUACCGUCGCAUCAGUUGUGAGAUUUGCGAUCGGCAAAGAUCAGUGAACGAUAGUUGGCCUGAUGUGGAAUAUGAAAAUUUGCAGGAAUUGAAAAAGCAUAUGCGUGAAACGCACGAUGAUAAGGGUUAUCUCAAAUGCCCGGUGUGUGACAAAAAAUGCUAUAUCCGUUCAAUGCUUGUACUGCACAAGGAUUUUCAUUUAAACCAAGAGAAAUACAGAUGUGAAAUGUGUGGCAAUGUGUACCAGAAUUUAGAAAAACACAAAGAUACUGCCCAUGCAAACUCCGGUGAAGCAUCAUUCUGUUGUGAGCAUUGUGGAAAGGCCUUGACUAAUGAAAAGAGUUUGAAAUCACACGUCGAACGAAAACAUGCAGUUAAGGAUACGAUUUGCGAUAUAUGCCAAAAACCAUUUCGCAAAAGUAUGCUUGAAGGCCACAAGCGCGUUGUACAUGAGAUGGCUUCCUACAUGUGCACCCAUUGUCCGAGAAUGUUCAGAAGCAAGUUUUCGUUGAACAGACAUUUGGAUGAACACGAAGAUAAAGUUCGAGAACGGGUUAAAUGCACCAUUUGUGGAAUGACUUUCAAGCAUAAGUACAUUUUAACAAAGCAUAUUGGUUCCGUGCAUACCAAUGAAGCCCCAGUUCCAUGUGAUGUUUGCGGAAAACAAUUCAAAUCGAAACAUCAUCUAUGGAGUCAUAAGUCUGAUACAUGUAAUAGUCGAAGGUAUGACUGCAAAAUUUGUGGACGAGUCUUCAAGGUCAGAGUUCGUUUGAAUGAACACAUGACAACUCAUACAGGUAAAAGUUUGUAUCAGUGCACAUUUUGUCCGUUGACGUUCAGUUUCCAAUCAAUCCUUUACACUCAUCGAAAGAAAGCACAUUACAAGCAAUGGUUGGAACUUCAAGCAAAACGGGAGGAGGGAGUAAAAUUUAAGGUCUUGGAGGCACCAGCUUGACUACUUUCCUUUUUAAUCUCAAUAUUAAUUGCACUCAAAUAAUAUAGUGAUCUUUAUUUAUAUAUGA